GAUGUAGCUACAUAACCUUACGAUCAUAAUAAUAACAAAAGCGUCGCGGCCGAGGUUUGUUAUCAAAUAUCGUAUAUAGUUUCAAAGUGAUUUUAGAAAACACGCCGUUUUUUUGUGAUGUGGGAAACGUGAUUUUGCUUACAAUUUGACAAGGAUGGGCGAUAUAAGGGCCGGCCUCGAAGAAUUAAAACUCGAUGGUGCCCUGUUCGCCGAUGUUAAAUACUACGUCAGUGGCGAAGGUGAUCCCAAGAUAUUAAAUUUACUACAAGAAAGUGGCGCGGAAAGAUCGAAUUAUUUUAGUGAUUUUGUUACACAUUUAAUAGCAGGCUAUGAUGCGUUGGAAAAUGAUAUUUCCGCUGCAAAGGAUAUUUAUGAAAUACCAGCAGUUACACAGAACUGGAUUUUAUAUUCUGUUAAAUGUAACAAACUUCUACCGCCACAUUAUUUUUCACCCGAAGAUGCACAAUUGUUUUCGAAUGUACGAGCAUGUGUGUCUCAGGUAAGCCGUGCUGAUAGCAAAAGUCUAUGGGCAAUGAUCACAUUACAAGGUGGUAAAUGUCAAUUACGUUUAGACCAGUAUUGCACUCACUUAAUUGCCGGAAAGGCUGCUGGCUUCAAAUAUGAAACUGCUACAAGGCACCCGAUACAAAUUGUAACCCCAGAUUGGGUAACAGAAUGCUGUAGAAAAGGAACUAUUAUAAGUGAAGUGGAAUUUCACCCUAGACUUUUACUAUAUCCAAAUAGUUCCACAGCUAUGAUUACCGGUUUCAUGGAUGAAGACACAGAUAACAAUAUUACGCAAGAAGAACAAGACAGAACUAAAGCCAUGUUGGAACAACUUAAACAACGUAUGCCUUGGAAUCAACCAAGUCCACCUGUAGCUUCUAGUACAUCGCAUAAUGUCAAUACCAAUAAUGCAACCAUAGCAACACUUCCUUUCUCCACAAAUGGGCAAAGUACCGUUAGUACGCAACAGCUACAUCUUACGUGCCCAACUGCUACAACAAGUUUAUCGAAUGCUUCCACAAUCGUGUCUUCUGUAUCCGAUCAAAAUGUUACUCAAACUGGCUGGUUACCUCAAGUGUCUCAACAAAAUAAUGUUCCCCAAAUGAAAUCUGUGCCACAGAUACAACAAUCAGAGGUACCAUCUCAACAACAGCAACAGCAACAACAACAAAUGAAUAUGCAGCAUACGAUACUGCAACAGCAACAAAUGACGCAACAGCUUACGCAGCAUCCACAAUUACAACAAACGUACACUCAACAACAGAUUUUAAAUCAACAACCGUCUCCUCAAUUAACGCAGCAACCGCAAUUAAUAGGAGCGCAACAACCGUUAAUGUCGCAGCAACCGCAACAGAUGAAUUCGCAAAUACCUCAACAUCAAUUGUCAUCUUCGCAACAGCUGUUGACGCAACAACAGAAACAAUUGAAUCAACAACAGAUACUUUCUCAGCAGCAACACAUACCGCCGCAGCAACAAAUUACAUCUCAACAACAACUGGUCCAACAACAACAAGUGCAAUUAACAUCCCAGCAACAACAAAUAGUUCUUCAACAGCAACAGCAACAAAUUGCAACGCCAUCGCAACAGAUUGGAACACAUCAGUUGAAUCAGCAGCAAGCUCCACCGCAGCAGUUAACCUCUGAACAACGACAAAUAAUAUUGCUACAGCAACAGCAGCAUCAACAACAAAAAAUUCAGCAAAUUUCACAACAGCUACAACAAUCCGCACCUCAAGGUUCUCAGCAAUUUGUUAUAAGGGAUGGUCAGUUGCAGCAACAGCCUCCGAACCAGCCAUUGAUGGGACCAAAUCAACAGAGUUUUAUUGUACAGAGAGAUUCACAAUGGCAACAGCAACAGUAUCACCUACAAUUACAAAGACAGCAGCAGCAACAGAUCGGUGCUCAGAGACCAAGCGGACAAUGGGCUCAACAACCGCCUCAACAGCCAAGACAGUUGAUCCAGUUGGAUGCCCAAACCCAUCAACAAUUACAACAAAUGGAUCCACAGCAAAGAGCCCAAUUUAUCCAGAAGAUACAGAAGCAGAAAAACCUAUUGUUGCAAAGGCAGAUGCAAAAUCGCCAAGCACAACAAGGAGCCCAUAUCGCGGUCAUUAGGAGUCCCGGUAAACCAGUGCAACCGGGUGGCUUGCAAUGGGUGCAGCAGCCAAGACCGCAGAUGAUAGGGCCGCAACUAGCACAGACUCCUGGUCAGAAACCAGUACACCCCGGCGUUCAGCCACCAGCUUUAACGCCGAUCAAUUCUUCCAACCAAGUUAUCGUGCAAACCGGGCAAAAUGUGCAAGGUCCCCAACCUGCUCAGCCAGGGCAGACGUUCCCACAGGGCCAGCCCUUGACUCCACAACACAUAGCCCAGUUGCACAUGCAGAAACAACAAAUGGCGAGACUGCAGCAGUUGCAACACUUGCAGCAACAGCAGCAACAACAGCAGCAACAGCAACAAAGUGCACAGCAAGAACCACCUCUCGCAUCCUUACCCAAUAACGUUCAAAUAUCGCCGGACCAGCAGUUAGUUGUCAACGCGAAAACGAAAACAGCGUUGGCGAAUAUGUUGACAAACAGAUUGCAAGGUAGCGCGACCGAAGGAAGUGCUGCUGGUCAGCUAAGGUUAAUGACCGCCCAACACAGACCACCACCGCCACCGUCUCAGGACCCGCAACUGCUUGCCGCUUAUCAACGGAGAACCGUGGCGAACAUCACGAAUGGGGCGCCGCCCGGGGCCCCGAUAAAGAUGCAGUACGCCCCCGUGAUGCCGCAAGCAAAAGCCCAGUUCUACGGACACAAUCCAAAUCUAAAACUGCCACCAGAUCUAUUUUUGCUAGGCUGUAUCUUUGUUAUUGUUGAAUACGACGUGCAACGUCCGAACGACGUCACCGUAUGGAAACAAGUGAUCGAGAGACAUGGCGGCGAAGUGGAGCCGCAAUAUUGCACCCGGGCCACCCACGUGCUCGCGAUCACGCAGAAACACCCUACGGUGGUGCAGGCGUUGCGGGAAGGGAAACGCUGUGUCAGUGCCCACUGGCUGUCCGAUGUUGUCAAUAAACAGCAGGUACUACCGCCUUGGCACGCGCUGCAUUUUCCGACACCGUUCAGCUUGACAGAGCUUCCGUGCGCGAAACAAAUUGUAUCGUUGUCUGGAUUUGAAGGGGAGGAGCGCACCAAAGUCAAGUACAUGCUGGAAGCCUUGGGGUCGAAAGUUACCAAUUACUUUACCCGGCACAACACUCUUCUCGUUUGCAGAAGACCCGACGGUCAAAAAUACAAAAAGGCACGGGAAUGGCAAACUGGAGUAGUAAAUGCGCAAUGGUUGACAGACUUGCUGUGCGGGCAAAUGAAUGCCCUGCAUCAAAUCGAGAACCCGAAGUAUCAACAAUACAGUCUCAGCAAUCCGUUCAGAUUGGAUUAUUCGCUAGUGCCUCAUUUAAUGGCUGCGUGGAAAAUGCCAAUAAACAUUACCCAAGAGUCUUAUGAUAAAGUAAAACAGGUUGGUCAGGGUCCAAACUCGAUAAGAAAGUAUAAGAAACCGCGGCUAGACGGCCCGUUGCUGAACAAAGAUCCACAUUUAUUGGGCUUGGAGGAGCCCGUGGUUGUCAGUAAUCCCGAUCCUCCGCCUCCAGAUAAGCAACCGAGGAUAUUAUUUUCUGGUAUUAAUCCUAGAAAACACGCAAAGAGGAUUCGGGAAUUAGGUGGUGCAAUGGCUGCCAGUUGGCGGGAUGCUACACAUCUCGUGAUGUCAACACCGAUAAGAACUUUAAAAUUUGUGUGUUGUCUAUCACGUUGUAAAUAUAUUGUCACGUUACAGUGGUUACUCGAUUGUUUCGCAAGAAACACGUUCUUAGAUGAAAGUGGAUAUAUGCUCGGUGAUCCAGAGUUUGAGAAAAAUUUUAAUUUUAGUAUUGAAAAGGCUCUGGCAAGCCCUAACCGUGGAACAGUACUUAAGGGUAAAAUAUUUUAUGUAACACCAAGUGUUAUACCGUCGCCAUCGGCGAUCGCAGAAAUUAUUGAGAGUGCAGGUGGAACAAUGGAAAAAACGCGAAGAUCCCUCGCGCAGAUCCAAGAGAUGAAUAGUAAUAAAUUAACUUAUAUCAUUGUUACUCAUGAGAACGACCUGCAUCUACUUUCCGAUGUUUUACGUGCAAAUAUCAGUGUGUUCACUGCAGAGAUCGUGUUAGGGGCAGUCGCACGACAAUACUUCCAAGCAGAUCAAGCAUGAAUUCAGUGCAGUACACGAUACGCUGCAUUUUAAUCUCAGAUACGGGCUUACUAAUUCUUUAGUAAGCCAUUUUAGAGAUGACAAAUUUUUGCUUACCUUCUUCAAUGGGACAAUAAAGAACAUAAUUUUAUGAUACAG